AUGCGGUCGUUUCUCUCCUUUGCGCUGCUCCCUGCCUUGAUUGCUUGCGCGCACGCCGGCCCCGACUACCACGAGCGCCUGCUCCUCCGCCCGCUGCCCCAGGACGCGCUGCUGGCCUCGUUCAACUUCCGCAGCAACGAGACGGCCGCCGCCUACGAGCAGCAGAACUUCGGCCUCUUCCCCCGCUCUCUGGGCCAGAUCCUGCAGCAUGCACACACCAAAGAGCUGCACCUGAGGUUCAGCGUGGGGCGGUGGGACGCCGACAGCUGGGGCCAGCGGCCGUGGUACGGCGCCAGAGAGGGCAGCAACGGCGUCGAGCUGUGGGCCUGGAUCGAGGCGGGCAGCGACGACGAGGCGUUUGCGCGCUGGCUGACGCUGGUCAACAACCUCUCCGGGCUCUUCUGCGCCUCGCUCAACUUCAUCGAUGCCACCAAGACGAUCCGCCCCGUCGUCUCCUUCGACCCCGAGGGCGACCAUGCAGACACGUCCAACCUGCACCUCCUCCACGGCAUCCUGCCCCACGAGGUCGUGUGCACCGAGAACCUGACGCCCUUCCUCAAGCUGCUUCCUUGCAAGGGCAAGGCCGGCAUCUCCAGCUUGCUCGACGGCCACAAGCUCUUCGACGCCGCCUUCCAGACCAUGGCCAUCGACGUGCGCCCCGUCUGCGGCACGUCGGGCCGCCAGUGCGUGGUCGAGAUGGAGCAGACGGUGGACAUGGUGCUGGACAUUGCCCGCUCGAAGCGCCCCCGCGACGACCCCAUCCCGCGCCCUCGCCCCAUCGAGGACAUCGAGUGCGACACCUCCAAGAGCUACAAUGCGCCCGACACCUGCUACCCGCUCGACAAGAAGACGGAGCCUGCCUGGAAGCUCACCGACGUGUUUGGGAAACCCCUGCGGGGUGCCUGUCCCCUGACAGCGGCCGAAGGCCCAGAGUCGGAAACCCUCUGUAUCAAUGCGCCACCAGAGCGCACGAUUCAUGUCAACACGACGGGCCAGUACACAGAGUCGCUAUCAGCUUCAGACACACUCCGCUGCUACAAGCUGCCAACCGGCACCGAGCUCGACCUCGUCCUGCCCGAGCAGCGCAUGACCACCGGCCUCGUACGCGGACAGCCUCACCUGUACGCCGCCCGCUCCAUCAACGGCCACGGUCAAGAACGCGGCAGUGUCCAGGCUGUCAUAAGAAACCCCUCGCCCACCGAUGCCGUCGAGUUCACGUACCUGGAGUCGCUCCCCUGGUUCAUGAAGCCUUACCUGCACACGCUGCGCGCACACGUGUCCGCCUCCGACGAGGACCCGCUGAAAGAGACGUAUUACCGCCCCGCCGUCGACCGCAUCCGCGGCACGCACCUCGAGCUGCGCCUCGUCAUCCCCCCCGCCUCCACCCUCAUCCUGACCUACGACUUCGAAAAGGCCAUCCUGCGCUACACCGAGUACCCGCCCGAUGCCAACCGCGGCUUUGAUGCGCCUCCUGCCGUCAUCCGCAUACUGGGGCCGUUCCAGUCUGCCGACCGCAAGGGCAUGUAUCUCAGAACUACGCCGCUGCUACUGUCCCUGCCGACGCCCGACUUUAGCAUGCCGUACAACGUCAUCAUCCUGACGAGCACCGUCAUGGCGCUGGGCUUUGGCAACAUUUUCAAUCUGCUGGCUCGGCGCUUUGUGGGGGCAGAUGAGGUGCCGGCGGCUGGCGGCCUGAAGGGCAUCAUUCAGGCCAAGAUUCAGAGUGUUAGGACUAGGUUUGGGCGGGCUUGA